UUUGGCCGUCGCUGCUCAGACGGUUUAUCUUCUCUGUUGAUGUCCAUGGUCUGUGUGAGAAAGAACGUGCAAAAUGAGAGAGCUGGAAAGAAUUGGAUACUAGAGGAGUGAAUGACUGUGGAUUUUUUCUUAACUAUGGUGCUGCCUAAAGUUUGUGGCGAAGAUAUUGUUUUUAUUAGACGACUGAACUCCAUUGGGUUCACGAAAUGACUCUUUGGCUGGUCAGCAGAACAUGCAAUUGCUGGUCUGUUCAAAUGAACUAGAGAUGGAGCUGGAAGAAGUUGAUGAUGUUACGGGGGAUGCCAGGGGUCAGCUGGUGGCAGAGCGACUGGGUCUGGGACACAACCUGGACCUGUCGGACACCAUGGUCCAACAGAAGCUGGACGAGAUCAAAGAGCAGAUCCGCCGUGAGAUUCGCAAGGAGCUUAAGAUAAAAGAAGGUGCAGAGAACCUGCGCAAGGUCACCACAGAUAAGAAGAGCCUAGCUUAUGUUGACAACAUGCUGAAAAAAUCCAACAAGAAGGUGGAGGAGCUUCACCAGGAGCUACAAGAGCUCAACGCUCACAUUGUGGUCAAAGACCCAGAAGAACUCCUAGAAUGCCCUAUGACCCCAGAUACACCCAACAGCGAGGCCAGGAUAUGCACCAGCAGCAGCCGCCUUGCCGCCCUGAAAAGACAGAAUGACAUCGAGCUCAAAGUCAAACAGGGUGCAGAGAACAUGAUUCAGAUGUACUCUAACGGCUCCUCAAAGGAUCGUAAGUUACUAGCGACAGCCCAGCAGAUGCUUCAGGACAGCAAGACGAAGAUCGAAUUCAUCAGGAUGCAGAUCCUUAAGGCCAGCCAGGCCAACGAACUGAGCUUUGAGAACAAUGAAGUGAUAGACAAGCCCAUCAUUAGUCCAUUGGACCUGCGCGUGGAAGAGCUGUGUCAUCACGCCAAGAUAGAGUCCGCCGUGGCAGAGGGAGCCAAGAACGUCAUGAAACUCCUGGGCUCAGGAAAAGUCACAGAGAAGAGGGCACACUCUGAGGCUCAGGCUCGUUUUAAUGAGUCCAGUCAAAAGCUCGACCUCCUGCGAUAUUCCUUGGAGCAGCGUCUAAAUGAACUGCCCAAAAACCAUCCGCGCAGCAGCAGCAUCGUGGAGGAGCUGUCGCUGCUGUCAUCACCAGCCCUCACCAGUCCAAGAUCCAGCAUCAUCUCAACACAGAACCAGUACAGCACCGUGACCAAGCCUGCUGCGCUCACAGGCACGUUAGACGUCAGGCUCAUGGGCUGUCAGGACCUUCUGGAAAAUGUCCCAGGUCGGUCCAAAGCUGCGUCUGUCCCGUUGCCCGGCUGGAGCCCCAGCGAGACACGAUCAUCCUUCAUUAGCCGAGCAAACCGAAACCGCGGCGUGAGCUCACGGAACCUGACAAAGAGCGAGGAGCUCUCCAAUGAGAUCAGUGCGGUUCUAAAGCUGGACAACACAGUAGUCGGGCAGACGAGCUGGAGGCCGGUCAGCAACCAGGCCUGGGACCAGAAGUUUACAUUGGAGCUGGACCGGUCUCGUGAGCUGGAGAUCUCCGUCUACUGGCGUGACUGGCGCUCACUUUGCGCUGUCAAGUUCCUGCGGCUGGAGGAUUUCCUGGACAACCAGCGUCAUGGGAUGUGUUUGUACCUGGAGCCCCAGGGGAUGCUGUUUGCAGAGGUAACAUUUUUCAAUCCUGUCAUUGAGAGACGACCAAAGUUGCAAAGACAGAAGAAAAUUUUCUCAAAGCAGCAAGGUAAGACCUUCCUGCGGGCCCCUCAGAUGAACAUUAACAUUGCCACCUGGGGCCGUUUGGUCAGAAGAGCCAUACCAACGGUCAGCACCAACUCCUUCAGCCCUCAGGCAGCUGAGACCGGGCAUAGCAGUCUGCCUGGUUCACCCACACCCAGCAGUGACCCACUGGUGACCAAACUGGACUUUGACAAAGAGCCCACUCCGGGACCCAAGCACUACCCAGCCCCUGACGACGUCCGAGAACCACUGGUGCAGAGUAAGAUGCCUGACAAGGAGGAAGUCCAGGACGCUCUCGCCUCAUUCGACUUCCUGAACAAGAGGAACAGCAUAGCAGUGAAGUCAGACCUGGACCGAGUGGUGGAGCAGGACAUUCAGCAUCCAGACCUAGAGCUCACUGCCCUCCAGAAAGAUACUGACUUAAGGGAAGAAGAGCAGUUCCACUUCAGUCUCCAGGACUUUAAAUGUGUCGCAGUCCUCGGACGUGGUCAUUUUGGGAAAGUGUUGUUAGCAGAGUAUAAAAGCACAGGAGAGAUGUUUGCCAUUAAAGCUCUGAAGAAGGGUGACAUCGUGGCUCGUGAUGAAGUGGACAGUCUGAUGUGUGAGAAAAGGAUUUUUGAGACGGUCAACAGCGUGCGUCACCCGUUCCUGGUAAACCUGUUUGCGUGUUUCCAGACACAGGAGCAUGUUUGUUUUGUCAUGGAAUACGCAGCGGGAGGCGACCUCAUGAUGCACAUUCACGCUGAUGUUUUCUCUGAGCCGAGGGCUGUAUUUUAUGCAGCCUGUGUCGUAUUGGGAUUACAGUUUUUACACGACCAUAAGAUUGUCUACAGAGAUUUGAAGCUGGAUAACCUGCUCCUGGACACAGAGGGUUAUGUGAAGAUCGCAGACUUUGGGCUUUGCAAAGAAGGAAUGGGUUUCAGGGACCGGACCAGUACUUUCUGUGGAACUCCAGAGUUUUUAGCUCCGGAGGUUUUGACUGAAACGUCGUACACGCGUGCAGUGGACUGGUGGGGCCUCGGCGUCCUCAUCUUCGAGAUGCUGGUGGGGGAGUCGCCGUUCCCCGGUGACGAUGAGGAGGAGGUGUUUGACAGCAUCGUCAAUGAUGAAGUUCGUUACCCACGAUUCCUCUCGACUGAGGCCAUCUCCAUCAUGAGGAGGCUUUUGAGGAGGAGUCCAGAACGACGUCUGGGAGCAGGAGAACGAGAUGCAGAGGAGGUUAAGAAACACCUUUUCUUCAGGAACAUGGAUUGGAACGGACUGUUGGCGAAGAAGGUGAAGCCGCCGUUCGUGCCGACCAUUCAAGGCGCCAACGACGUCAGCAACUUCGACGAUGAAUUUACCUCAGAGGCCCCCAUCCUGACCCCGCCCAGGGAACCCCGAGUGCUGAGCUCUGAGGAGCAGAACAUGUUUUCUGACUUUGACUAUAUCGCUGACUGGUGUUAGCCAACAACGGCCCCUACACACACACACACACACACACACACACACACACACACACAGACACGCACUGUGAACAGCUUGACUGUAGCUCAAAUCGUCUUCAGACCUGCCCAGAAUGUCGGGGCGGAGCGGCGAACAUGACUCCAGAGCCUUUGGAUACAACUGUGUGCCAAUGAGAAGAAAGUCCAGAAGCCUCCAGAGACCCCCCCGCUUUAUUUUUUAACACAGAUGAAGAACAUUUUUUUAACGAAAACAAACCUAAUGAACCUGAGUGAAGGAGGAGGGAUGCUUUGUCCUCUUGCACACGUCGUCAUCAUCAUCGUGUCCGUUGUCUGACCACUGAGAAUGUUUUUCAUAUGAACUCAAAGAACACGGCAACACCACAAUCAUGUUAUUCUGUGUCACUGUCGUCUUUUUUUUUUUUUUUUCAACCUGUACAGAUUAUAUUCAUGCGUAUAUUUUAUUGUUGUUUUCUCUUUAUUUUGCGAAGCCCUCGGCACAGCUUAAGGACUCGAAUCUCGAUGUAAAGUUUGACAUUUCUGCCACGAUCAGGUCUACGACUGAUGUUCGGUGAAUCUAAAGUGCUCAAAGCAUUAUCACUGAAGGUCGACAGAAAACACCUUGACUACUACUGCUGCUUCUGUAACUCCUUUGAGCCCAGUCUUUGUCUUUUAUGAAGCUUCAACGCCAGCAUAAUAACUUAGACAUGAUCUCCAUUUAGUAGAAAACAGCUGAUCCUGCACGGUUACACAAGGUAUUAAAUUAACUCCGCUUCAUUUUAAUGGACCAUCAAUUUUUACUCCAUAUUUGGAAACGUAACAUUAGAAAUGUCAGUGUUGAAAUGAUCUAAAAUGCUUCAGGCCAAAUUACAUACAAAUGAUUUUUUUAAGACACUUGAAGUUCUGAUUCACCUGAACUCGGCUCUUUAUACCAACUUUCAAUCCAUUUGUCCGUCAGAGCCGAGUUCAGCUGGAUUUCUGGUCUGUUUUAUGGGUUUGUCGUUCUUAGAUGAACCGCCGGUCACAGUGGACCAGACAGCGCGUUCAUCGAUACCUCAGUAAAAGUGACUCAUAAGUACAGCUACCGAAACCAAAUUCAACCCUGUCCCUCUCAGCGCAGCAGAGAAACAGCUCUAGGAUGUAAAACUGACGGACUGACAGCAACGUUCUGACAGAUGAAUCACAGAUCUGUUGUUUUGGGAAAAGUUUUCAGUCAAACUUCCAUGUAAAAGUGUUCCCUGGGGUAAACUCUUCAGUCUGGCGCAGUGAAACCAGCAGAUUGCGUCAGUUUGCAUGUUGAACAUUGACUCCGAUGUUGCAGACCUGUUAAGAAUCACUACAGGGAGGGCAGGUUUAUUAUAUAUACAUACUGUAUGUACACAAUUAAGCUGAAAGCACUAAUUUUAUCCAUAGUUUUUAAUUAUCUAUGUUUCCUAAUGAUGAAAAUAGAUUGUACAAAGUUUUUUUUUUUUUUAUUCUUUGCUUGUGCAUGUUUGUCGCCAGAACAGAUGAAACCUUUAUGGAUGGUACACCCAUACUCAUGUCACAGAACUGUUGCUGUUCACGUCGGUGUAAAAAGAAAAGGCGUACUCGCAGUCAAUGUUGCCUAUCAUGAAUGCACAAAUUAAACAUUUGUAAUAGUG